AUGUCUCUGGUAUUGAAGGUGUUCAACGUGUUCCUUCAAGAGCACAUCAUGCCUUUUGUGAGUGAGUGGGAGGCAGCCCAGACUCUGCAAGUAAAAAAGGCAGUGCCCCCGGAGACCUACGUCCAGUGUGCAGAGGCCAGGGUCAUUGGGUCAUUGGAGGUGGCUUGGUCAUCCGUUUCCUGGGGGCAGGCUGGGCUGCUGCCCGUGGUUGUGGGCGCCCGCUCCGGCGCCUUCGAUCUGGUGCCCAAGGAUGCGCCGCAGGACCUGGACUACUUCCACGAGCUCAUUUUUGUGGAUGAGCUUGCCAGGUGCGGCAGCGGCGGUGUUCUCUGGGGCUUGAUUGAGGGCCUCCAAAUCGGGCUUCCGCCUGUGCUGAACUUCGGCACGGAGGAAAUGAAGAAGCGCGUGGCGCCGGAUUGCCUGAUGGGGAGGAAGAUCAUCUCUCUUAACAUCACGGAGCCAUCCGCGGGCAGCGAUGUCGCAGCCAUCAAGACCACUGCAGUUCGGGAGGGUGAUUUCUACAUCGUCAACGGCAACAAGAAGUGGAUCACCAACGGGGUCCGCCUGUGCAGUGGCAUUGUGAGCAUUGU